GUAACCUUGAACUUCAUAACUUUAUUAGAUACCAAUAAGUUUGAAAUCAACAUACAUAUCUUCUACAAUACGUAAAUAAUGCAUCUUACUUAACUUUAUAGCUUUCCCUUUUUCUGUUUAAAAUUUGCAAUCCUUAGUUUACAUAGCAGCAAUGAAGAACAAUGCAUCACCUACCUCUUCAGAUCAAUGCAUAUCUAUUAACACUCCUCUUCUUGACUUGGAAAAGGAGGCUGAGAUAUCAAGUGGUGGAGUGUCACAAAACACAGUCAUAGAGGAUGCAGAGAAAGAUGAAUAUAGCAUUAAUGAUAGUCCUAUUGAGCAAGUGAGACUAACGGUUCUGACCACCGAUGACCCUUCUCAGCCGGCGCUAACAUUCCGGACAUGGGUUCUAGGGUUAGUAUCAUGUGUGCUACUUGCAUUUGUGAACCAGUUUUUAGGCUACAAAACCAACCCUUUGAAAAUCACUUCUGUCUCAGUUCAGAUUAUUAGCCUCCCACUUGGAAAACUUAUGGCUGCAACACUUCCCACAAAACCAAUUCAAGUCCCUUUUACAACCCGGUCGUUUUCGUUGAAUCCGGGUCCAUUCUCUUUGAAAGAACAUGUGUUGAUAACCAUCUUUGCUAGCUCAGGAUCUAGUGGUGUUUAUGCAAUUAACAUCAUCACAAUUGUUAAGGCUUUCUAUCAUAGAACCAUCCAUCCCGUAGCGGCUUAUUUGUUAGCUCUAUCGACUCAGAUGCUAGGGUAUGGAUGGGCCGGGAUUUUCAGAAGGUUCCUUGUUGAUUCUCCUUACAUGUGGUGGCCUCAAAACCUUGUGCAGGUUUCUCUAUUUAGGGCAUUUCAUGAAAAAGAAAAAAGGCCUAAAGGAGGAACUUCUAGACUGCAAUUCUUUUUCUUAGUCUUUGUAGCCAGCUUUGCAUAUUACAUCGUUCCGGGAUACCUUUUCCAAGCAAUAUCAACUGCCUCCUUUGUUUGCCUGAUUUGGAAAGAUUCCAUAACUGCACAACAGAUCGGUUCGGGCAUGAAAGGCCUUGGUAUCGGUUCAUUCGGCCUUGACUGGAACACUGUUGCCGGCUUUUUAGGUAGUCCUUUGGCUGUUCCUGGCUUUGCCAUUGCCAACUUAAUGGCUGGAUUUGUAUUAUAUAUGUAUGUUUUGAUUCCAAUUGCCUAUUGGAACAAUUUAUAUAAUGCUAAAAAGUUCCCCCUCAUUAGUUCUCACACAUUUGACUCAACCGGUGCAACAUACAACGUUACUCGGAUUCUCAAUACCAAAACUUUCGACAUCAAUAUGGAGAGUUACAACAAUUACAGCAAGAUCUAUAUGAGUGUCACGUUCGCGUUCGAGUACGGAAUGUGCUUUGCAGCUCUUACAGCCACUAUUUCGCACGUUGUCCUCUUCCACGGAAAAAUGAUACUUGAGAUGUGGAAGAAGACAACGAGUUCACUAAAAUACCAACUCGGAGAUGUGCAUACAAGAAUUAUGAAGAAAAACUAUGAACAAGUCCCUGAAUGGUGGUUUGCCACCAUUCUGAUUUUAAUGUUUAUGAUGGCCUUAGUAGCUUGCGAAGGCUUCGGCAAGCAGCUCCAACUUCCAUGGUGGGGAAUCCUACUCUCUCUAGCAAUUGCAUUAGUUUUCACCUUACCAAUUGGAGUCAUUGAAGCAACGACAAAUAUAAGAUCAGGCCUUAAUGUGAUCACAGAGUUGGUCAUUGGUUUCAUAUACCCCGGAAAGCCGCUCGCUAACAUGGCAUUCAAGACAUACGGCCAUAUCAGCAUGGUACAAGCACUUGGUUUUCUCGAGGAUCUCAAAUUAGGUCACUAUAUGAAAAUUCCACCAAAAUCAAUGUUCAUUGUUCAGCUAGUUGGCACAGUAGUUUCUUCAUCUGUUCACUUUGGAACAGCAUGGUGGCUUCUAACAUCUAUCGAGAACAUAUGCGAUGAAUCAUUGUUGCCGAAAGGUAGUCCUUGGACAUGUCCUGGUGACGACGUGUUUUACAACGCUUCCAUUAUAUGGGGAGUAGUAGGUCCAAAGCGAAUGUUUACCAACGACGGCGUUUAUCCUGAGAUGAAUUGGUUUUUCCUUAUUGGUCUAAUUGCACCUGUUCCAGUGUGGCUUCUUUCUAUCAAAUUUCCUAACCACAAAUGGAUUAAACUCAUUAACAUUCCUAUUAUCAUUGCAGGUGCAUCUGACAUUCCACCAGUGAGAUCUGUGAAUUAUAUUACUUGGGGAAUUGUUGGAAUGUUCUUUAAUUUCUAUGUUUAUAGAAAGUUUAAGACUUGGUGGGCAAGGCAUACUUAUAUCCUUUCAGCUGGUUUAGAUGCUGGAGUUGCUUUUAUGGGUUUAGUCCUUUAUUUUGCACUUCAAUCUUAUGGUAUUUUUGGUCCAACUUGGUGGGGUCUUGAAGCAGAUCAUUGCCCUUUGGCUGCAUGCCCUACAGCUCCAGGUGUAUAUGCAGAGGGUUGUCCUAUUUCCUGACUUCCAUGCUACCAUUCCAUAAUCAAUAUUGCCAUGUGAAUAUCAUAUUGGACAUGUAAAUGUAAAAAACUAAGAACAUGUUUUAUUUUGAUCCCUUUGUAUAUGAGCUAUAUGUUAUUUGAUUUUUUUAUUAUUGAUUCAUUGGCAUAGUCUCAAGGAAAAUGAGAGGUGCUAAGAGCGUCCAUGCCAAAUUUGGUUGUUUAAAUGAACCUCACCUAAUUUUUUAUAUUAUUUCUUUUUUUAA